GGAAGUAAGAACAAGAUUAGGCGCGCCAAAGAAAAAAGCAAAUGCUUAAAAGACAAGAACAAAACCAAUUAUAAAGCAACGCCAAAGAAUAAAGCCAAUGCUAAGGGAGAUAAGAACAAGAACAGA